AUGAAGGUUCUAUUUCUGAUAUUUGUUAUUGCUGCACCUAGCUUGUGUGCUACAGAAUGUUCAGCCUUCGACGACGUUGUUAGCUUCGACGUUGUUAGCUACGGUGCCACAGGGAGUGGCCAAGCCGAUGAUACACAGGCUUUCGUGAAAGCAUGGAAAGACGUGUGUGGUGCAACUCAGAAGUCCGCAAAAUUUGUCAUACCCCAGAAUAAAAUAUUCAUGUUACAACCUCUGUCGCUUAAGGGUCCUUGCAAUCCAGCAACCAUUGAAGUUCAGCUCGAGGGAACUGUGAUUGCCCCUAAAAGCAUUGGGGAUUGGAAAUUUUUGAACGAAGAAAGGAAAUGGAUAGAAUUCUCAGACAUAAGUGGUAUUGUAAUCGAGGGAGGAGGGGUGAUCGAUGGCCAAGGUGCUGCGUGGUGGAACUCCGAUGAUGUCUCCAUGAAGCCCACUGCUCUUCAUCUCCAUAACUGUAAAGAUGGGAUACUUAGAUCGAUUCAUCAUAUGAACAGCCCCAGAAAUCAUAUAAGCGUAGACAUGUGCAGUGGGUUAGAAAUCUCCCAUGUUAACAUCACUGCACCGAUGGAAAGUCCAAACACCGACGGCAUAGAUAUCUCUGGAUCAUCCAAUGUCUUCAUACACUCUUCCACCAUUCAAACCGGUGAUGACUGCAUCGCCAUAAACUCGGGUUCUUCCUUCGUCAAUAUAAGUGACAUUUUUUGUGGACCUGGUCACGGCAUCAGUGUUGGGAGCCUGGGACGUAACGGAGAUGAUGCCAGAGUUGAAAAUGUACACGUGCGGAAUUGCACCUUCCUGGGAUCAUUGAACGGAGUGAGAUUGAAGACAUGGAGGGGAGGGCAGGGUUACGCGAGGAAGAUCAUAUUUGAAGAUAUUACGGUUGUCGGAGUGAAGCGGCCGGUGAUUAUCGACCAGAAUUAUUUUGGACUAUUAGAUGAGAAGAAAAGUGCAGUGAAAAUAAGUGAGGUGAGUUACCGGAACGUGAAGGGAACAACUAGCGGUGAGCGUGCGGUGGAACUGAGUUGCGAUCCGAAUGUCGGCUGCAACGACAUCGUUUUGGAUCAUAUUUCCAUAACGAAAGAAGACGGAGGUGAAUCAAAGGCAUCAUGCACCGGUGCUCAAGGGACCUGCUUUCUCUGCAAUCCAAUCGUCUCUUGUCUUUCCAAUCUCCAUCUUGUCUAG